AUGGCUGCAGGUUCCAGACACCCGCGACUCUGGAGAGUCGUGCUUCUCCUGACCGUGUGCUAUCAGGUCGGCUUGUCCACCAGAUACGACCGGUUAUUUGGCCAGUGUGUGAGCUCUCCUGAGGAGCGUGUGCAGUACCAGCUGACGGUGCCCAUUCUGCAGAGACUACAGCAGGUGCUGAAGGAGCUCAUGCAGCACGGUCUGUCCUGGCAUAAUGAUGUCACCCAGAUCAUCAUCGCCAAGGAGCUGGGUAGAGUGCCCCACUCUCUCUCUCUCUCUCUCCCUCUCUCCCCAAGACCCCAGCAGCAGGCUCCUGUGUCCUCCAAGGGCUCCUACUCCAGUGCUGCCUCCAAGGGUGCCAACUCCCUCCCCCUCCCCCCCAGCUAUGAGGACUACAUGAUCGUGGACCCCCCACAGACAUCCAUGCACAUGCAGGCCAUACCUGUGGACCCCUACUCCUACCACCAGCAUGGCUACCCAGAGGACACAGAGCGCGGCCUGCCCUCCAUGGGCCCAGUAGGGUACCACCAGCCCUCCUCCUCCUCUCGCUCCUCAAAGAGGGAGCGUGAGCGCGAGCGUCAGCUGCUGCAGGAGCUGCUGCUGGCCGACUACCUGGCCUCCGCCGCGCAGCCCGCCUUCCACCACCAGGGGUCCUCGUCACGGCUCCCGCCGGCCGGCCACUACUAUGACAACAUGGACCUCCUGCCCGACUACGCCGACCCCUACCAGCCCAUGCCCAUGCCCAUGCCCAUGCCCAUGCCCGCCUCCCGGCCCCGGGCACAGCUGAGGCCCGCAGCCCCCGCACAGCAGCAGCCCGCACAGGACUACAGCGCCCUCCUCGCUGACAUGGACGAUGAGACGUUGGAGCGUUUGGCGGCCAUCUUGGAAAGUCUCCGCGUGGACCCCAGACAGCUGACACCUCAGGAGCUCUACACUCUAUCUGCUGCCAUACAGAAACAACAGCAGAAAAACACAGCUGCCCCGCUGACCUCCAGCACGGCCUCCCCGCCUCUCACCCCCUCCGCUGGGGGCUCGUCCAGGCUGGGGGCCGGGGCCGCCGGGGUGUCCAUGGUGGAGCUGGAGCUCAAUGAGAAAGGGCACAAAAUAGAGGAGGGACAUACACACACACAUGGCAGAGAGGAGUACGGCUACAUCGUCACCAACCAGAGUCCUCUGAGCCUGUAUGAUGGAGUUCGUCUCCUGGAGACUCUUGCGCGCAGGAUCCACCUCAGCACUAGCAGCUUCAUCAACAUCAGUGUGGUGGGUCCAGCCCUGACGUUCCGCAUCCGGCAGAACUCCCAGAACAUGAGUGCAGAGGACGUAGCCAACAAAGCAGUGGCUGAGAAGAACUUUCUGGAAGGCGAGACGGGCCUGAAGAUUGUCCAGACGGGUGUGGGUGAGAGGAAUGAGGGUCCAGGUCUGGCCCAGGCCGUGCGCGUGGGUGAGAGCUCUCGAGGAGUGGUGCUGGGCCUAGUUGCUAUGGCCUGUGUGGGCGGAGUCCUGGUGGUUGCCAUGGGUGUGGCCUGUUUCCGUUACCAUGGACGCCAGCAGGAGGAGAGGAAGCUGGGCCUGGGACCGGAGGGAGGAGCCGAAACACACUUUGACUACCAGGAGCUGUGUCGUCAACACAUGGCGGCUAAGUCCUUGUUCAGUCGUUCGGAGGCAGGCGGGCGGCGGGGCACGGACACGUCUCGCGUCAGUAGCGUGUCGUCUCAGUUCAGCGACGGCCCUCAGCACAGCCCCAGCAGUCACAGCAGCACCCCCUCCUGGAGCGAAGAGCCAGCGCAGUCCAACAUGGACAUCUCCACUGGACACAUGAUACUGGCGUACAUGGAGGACCACCUGCGUAAUAAGGACCGGCUCCAGAAGGAGUGGGAGGCCCUCUGCUCCUACCAGGCCGAGCCCAGCUCCACUGAGGUGGCCCUCAGCACACACAACAUGGACAAGAACCGAUAUCAGGACUUUAUACCCUAUGAUCACGCCCGUGUGAAGCUGAAGGCUGAGAACCACCCCAACAAGGAAGACUACGUCAACGCCAGCAUCAUAAUCGACCAUGACCCUCGCCUGCCCGCCUACAUUGCUACUCAGGGACCCAUGGAGCACACCAUCACAGACUUCUGGCAGAUGGUAUGGGAGAACGGCUGCACUGUGAUCGUGAUGAUGACGGCCCUGGUGGAGGAUGGAGAGAAGCAGUGUGAACGCUACUGGCCUGACGAGGGAUCCUCACUCUACCACAUCUACGAGGUGAAUCUGGUGUCGGAGCACAUCUGGUGUAAGGACUUCCUGGUGCGUAGCUUCUACCUGAAGAACGUGCAGACGCAGGAGACGCGCACCCUCACACAGUUCCACCUCCUCAGCUGGCCCUGUCAGGGCAUCCCCUCCUCAGUACGCCCCCUGCUGGACUUCCGCAGGAAGGUGAACAAGUGCUACAGAGGUCGCUCCUGCCCCAUCAUCGUCCACUGCAGUAAUGGAAGUGGCAGGACCGGCACCUACAUCCUCAUCGACAUGGUUCUCAACCGCAUGGCUAAAGGAGUAAAAGAAAUUGACAUUGCAGCCGCACUGGAGCACAUUCGUGAUCAGAGAGCAAAUAUGGUUCGCACUAAGGACCAGUUUGAGUUUGCUCUGACGGCGGUAGCAGAGGAGGUCAAUGCCAUCCUUAAGGCCCUGCCCCAAUGAUCACAUCCACGCCAGCCUGAAACGCCCCUCUGUGCCAUAUUACCACACACACACACACACACACACACACACACACACACACACACACACACACACACACACACACACACACACACACACACACACACACACACACACACACAGACCCUAAUUAGACAUAAUCUAUGACGGCUUCCUGAAUAGUGCAUGCUCUCCAGCAACACAGUGGCAGUUGCCCUCUCUUAGCCGUGUGCAGGGGCGUAGCAGCAAAUUGUGGGCCCUAGGAACAAUCAGCUCCAAUGGACCCCCCUCAGCCAUAUCUCUACAUCAGGGGUUCCCAACCUUUUUUCA